UGAAUGAAAGAAAUUACAAGAAACAGAAAAACAGAGCAAAAUAUUACUUACAGUUGCUCCGCCGUCUGCCACCACACAUCUGCCACCCCAACCACCACCACCACUGCCACCGUAGCUGUCUUCUCCGGUGAAAAUUGCAGCAUGAUGAACAGUAGUACUGUCUCUCUGAAGAGAAAAUCUCUUUCACCCAAAUCUUCUCCUUGUGAACCCUCCCCUAAAAGGAUCACUCUCAAUUCACCACCUCCCUCCACCAACGCCGCCACCGCCAUUGCCUCCGCGGAGGAUGGUCCGGCAUCGAUUUCCCCAAUUACUUCACCAUCCCCCAAAAGGGUCACUCUCAAUUCACCACCACCCUUCUCCACCGCUGCCACCUCCAUUGCUGCUGCAGAGGAUGGUCCGGCAUCCAUUUCACCAAUUACUUCACCAUCCCCGAAAAGGGUCAUUCACAAUUCACCACACUCCUCUUCUACCACCAUUGCUGCCGCCGUGGAGGGUGGUCCAGCAUCCAUUUCACCAAUUACUUCACUAUCCCCUGCAUUUUCACCAUUCUCCAAAAGAGGGUCUGAAAAAUCACCUUUUGCUACCACCAACGCCACCACUGCUGAUGCGGCGGCACCACCGCUCCCAUUUUCAAGAUUCACAAAAACGCAGCAUCCCAAUAAUAACAAAAUUCUGCGGCGGACACUGUCAGAACCACCAAUUUUCGAUUCUUUUACUGAUUUUUGUCGUUACAUAAAUUCCCAGUCACCGGAAAACGUCAAGAACAAUUCAAUCUCUAUAAAAUCAUCUCUUCGUAGAUCAAUUUCUGAUCCUACUGCUGCGGCCAUUAUUCUUGCUCCGGCACCGGCACCCGCAGCUGCAAUUCCGGCAUUAACUUCAGGAACAGAGCAUGAGGAAACUACAAGAAUCAAGUCUAGUUGCAGGGUCAGUGAUGUUUAAUAGGUGAAGACGAAAAUGAGUCUCCAACAGCUUCUACUCUUCAUUCCUUAUGUGGGG